AUCCACGUGCACGCUCACGGCCAUUUCACGCGCGCAUCCAAAACUGAUAUUCCGACCCACCGAAAGCAGCGACCAUUAAUUUUCCUCCUCCUUUUUUUUUAUCAAUUUCUUCUAUUAAACCAAGCAUCAAAUUCUUGCCGUAGAAAUUAGAAUUCCAAGCAGAUAGCUGCACCAUCUCGUCCUUCUAAUCUACUAGGAAAUUUCUUCCAUUUUUUCUAGAAAUUAUUCCGCAUCGAUCGGACCAAGAACAGAGGGUAGACUCACAGGUAGAAAGAAACAAGAACUGAAUUAGCGAGUGGUAAUUGCUACCGCCGGUUGCUGGAUUGCUCCAAUUCGAUGGCGAGAUUGGCCGUUGAAUCGUGACUCAAUUUCUGGCGAAUUUCUCGUGGAUUCCGCGGAGAAAGGCGUGGCCUUUGCGAUGCAGUACAACCACCGGAGCCGCCUGCCGCCGCCGCCGCCGCCGCCGUUCGGCCGCGGCGGUGGGUUCCCCCGCGGCCACAAGCAGCUGUACGCUCCUCCUCCGCCGCCGGCGCCACUUCCGCCGCAACGCAAGUACGAGGUGCUCAUGGAGGCCGGUCGCCUCGCGGCCGAGUACCUGGUCUCCAAGGGCGUGCUCCCGCCUGCUGCCCUGCAGCGCGGUGCCGGCAGCGCCGGCGCGUGGGCCGCUCCUUCUCUUCCUCCCCCGCCGCCGCCGCUGCCGCAGCAGGAAACCCCCGCGUUCUACGGCCGGAGGAGGUACGAGGAUGAGUACAACGACAACCCUAGCGCUCGGCCUAGGCGGACCGAUGUCACUAGUAGUAUUACUAGCAGUAGAGAUGAUUACAGCAGUGGCAGCUACAAUGGGAGAGGUAAGAGGAAGUAUGCGGACUACAGGAGGGGUUAUUCGGAUUCGGGGAGGGACAGGGAGAAGGAGACGGGAAUGGCUUUUUCGAAUGGCCGGCGCGAUGAGGAGGAUGAGGAUGAAGACGGGGCUCCUGGGUUCAAGCGGGAGCGGCGAGGCAGUCGGGGGAGUGAUGAGGUGAGGAGUAGUGUAACAGAGGCGGUGAGGGAGGAGACGCCAUUGAUGACGAAGGCUGUAGGGGAGUUUGACAUGGAGGAUACCAAGUCGAAGUUUGUGAGCUCUGUUGAAGAUGUUCAGAAGGAUGCUGAUGCUGUGCCGGAGGUGCAGGAUGAGAACGAGGAAGGUGAGAUGGAUAACUGUAGCUUGGUGUUGAAUUCAGAGUCAGAGGUGGUGAUGCAAGCGAUAGACGCUGAUGAUAAUAAUGCUUCUACUGGUAUUAUGGAGUUGGAGCCAAAGCAUUUACCAGAUGGUAAGGUUCCUUACGAGAAAGGUGAAGAUGAUGAGAAAGUUUCGGAUGAGGCUGCUUUGGAUCAUAAUACUUUUGAUGUUGAGGUUACAAAUGUGGAAAAUAAUAUGUGUGAUGAUAGGAGGAAUCUGCUUCACUAUUGUGGUUUUGCAAGAGCUCCAACAAGGCCCAGGUCAGUGCGUGCACAUAGAAAUGCGGCAUCUAUCCCAGGAGAAACUUCAGUAGCAGAAACAGUUGAUCUGGUUUCUUCUGGACAAGCUUCCCAGCCGGUGAUCGAUGAAUCUGCAAAGGAGAUCUCUUUGACUAACAUCCAGUCAGAAAAUGGAGAAGAUCAAAUCUGCCAAGUAAACAGUAACUGUAGUGUUGUCUGUGAUGAACCAAUGGAACCAAUGCUUCUUCAAGAAAAUGGAACAUCAGUUGUGACUGAAAAUAUGAGAGAAGAGAAGGGUGAUCCACAACUACAUGUGGUACAGGAAUAUAAGGAAGAAACUAAUCUAUCUCCGUUGGCGGCUUCUCACAAGGAUAGCUUGCCCCAAGAGGAUAGCUUGAUGCAAGAAACUGACUUGUCUCCCUUAACAAGUUCUCACAACGACAGCUUGCCACAAGAGGAUAGCUUGAUGCAAGAAACUGGCUUGUCUCCCUUAACAGCUUCUCACAAGGAUGGCUUGAUUGAAGAAACUGAAUUGUCUCCAUUGACAGUUUCUCACAAGGAGAGCUUGAUGCAUGCAACUGACUUGUCUCGGACAAUGUCUUCUCAUGAGAAUAACUUAAAGUUGCAAUUUAAGGAAGGAACACAGAUCUGUGAUAUUGAUACACUGCCACAAGAUGUGGACUUGAUUGAGUUAUCUGAUCAAAGGGAAAUCGUGGGUGCUGAACUAUGUCCUAAUGUUGGGGCUGAAGCUGUCAUCGAAAUGGAAGAAGGAAAGCUGGAUCAAUCUAGCUCAUUAAAAGCAUCUGAUUUUGACCUGGUUGGUGGUACAGAUGUUGCUGCAAUACACUACAAUACAGCAUUGGUCCAAUCGUCUGCAACCAUAUCUUCCACAGAGCCGCAUAAAAAACAGCAAGAGGACCCUGGAACCACUGCAGGUACCAAUGCUAGUGCUACAGAUGGUUUAUGCCAGCUUCCAUUUGAGAAUAAGGAUGUUCAAGUAAUUGAUAUAGAAUGUGACACACCAAUUGAAGUUGGUGGCUUUGGUUCUUCGAAAUCAAAGAACGAUAUGAUAUGUUCUAGCAUGGAUAGCAUGAUGCACCCUGACUUACAUACGGAUGCUCUUCCUGGUAUUCAAGAUGGUUACAAUCUUGAAUUUUCCAAUUUCCUCGGUGCUGACAUACCAUGCUACCCACCAAUGCAGUCAGAUAUUCAUGCUGGAAUAGGUGCCAAUGACUCAGAGGGUAUUACCGUCAUGGAUGAUCCAAUAUAUGGGUCCCUCACUGAUAUUGGUUUCAUGGACGUGUGGGGGCAGCCGGCCCAGGACUAUGACAAAUUCUUCUAGUCCGCUGCUGAAGGCCGAAGUUCAUAGUUCUGAAAAACAAAUGAGUAGCGAUAGUACAGGGGAGAAUAAGUAAAUUGCGCGUCGUCUCAAAGAAAUGUUGUGUCCAUUCUAAUGUAGCGGUAGAGAAAUUGUAGGUGUUGAUACCGGUUCGACUGAGUUACUGAUGCAACGGGACGGUUGGCGUAUGUGUUCAGGUUGACUAGAUUGACUGCUGUUCUCCUGUUUGGUCUAGAUUGACUGCUAUUCUCUUGACUGACUAUGAUAUUCGUGUUUGGAACAAUGCCUAUGUUGGUUCUACGUAUGCCAUGUAUGAUAUCGAUA